UCCCAAACUCCGACAGUGAAAAAAACAUGGAAGGUUGCGCUGGUCUCCAUGGACGAGCUACGAUCCAAUACCUAAAGAAAACAGCACUGGCUUCUAGAAUCUGUACUUCUCUAUACUUCCCUGAACAGGCUGGUGCUUCCUACGCCACUGCCGCCGUGAAAAGCGAGGAAGAAGAAGAAGAAAAGAGCUGUAGUGGCAGAAGUAAUAAUAAUAAGAAAAAGAAUGGUGGGAAAUGGUUAACUUUGCCUCCUUUUACUUCAAAUGCCAAUGAUGCAGCUUCAGUAUCCAAAGAAUUUUCAAUAUUUAAUAGAAGAAGAAUAGGGGAAGAAGCAUCUGUAUCUGACCCUAAAUCAACUAUGACUGCUUUAAAAUGGGUUACUCGUUGUUGCCCACAAAUCCCAAGAACUCUUAUUCAAAAGCUCUUUCGGCUCAGACAGGUUCGAAGAAAAUCUGUGGACUCAACAAGUGCUGACAAUUUGGGAGCUCAGGAUCAAGAAUCUCGGCUUAGAAGGGUUGCAGCCAAAGAUGCGAUGAAUUGGGGAGAUACAAUCCAUCUUCCUGUCAGUGUUCAUUCACCUGCUGAAAGAAUAAAUAGCAGAGAUGGUCAUCGGUUCACUCCAGACAAGCAAGAAUGUAGAAUUGAUGACAAAGAACGAUCCUACAUUCGCAGCCUCGAGUUAUUCAAGGAUCCAUCUAUAAUUGUUAUUAACAAACCUCCAGGCCUGCCUGUUCAGGGUGGCAUUGGCAUCAAGCAAAGUUUAGAUGCGCUUGCUUCAACUUACUUGAGAUAUGACUACUCUGAACCCCCUCGACUGGUACACCGAUUGGAUAGAGAUAGUAGUGGUGUUCUAGUGUUGGGAAGGACACAAACAAGUGCUACCAUCCUGCAUUCUAUCUUCCGUGAAAAAACCUUUGAAGCAUCAGCUGAUGCUACAGACAACAACAAAAGAAUCUUGCAAAGGAAAUACUGGGCACUUGUGAUUGGAACUCCAAGACGUGCAAGUGGACUAAUUUCUGCUCCACUGGGAAAGGUGAUUAUGGAUAACGGGAAAUCUGAAAGAAUAAUCGUUGAUGAUAACCGCAACAUGGCGUCUCAGCAUGCUAUCACUGAGUAUCGCCUCGUUCAAUCUCCAAUUCAAGGUCUAACAUGGAUAGAAUUGUCCCCGCUCACCGGUAGAAAGCACCAGCUUCGCGUUCACUGUGCCGAGGUCUUGGGGACACCAAUAGUUGGAGAUUACAAGUACGGUUGGCAAGCUCACAAGAAUUGGAAAGGUCUUCCUUGGACCAACCCAACGGAGAGAUCUUCUGAGAAGCUUCCCAAGAUGCCUUCGUUCGUUCUUGAUUCAAAGAGGGGAAGCAUCUCAGAGAAGGAACCUCAUUUACACCUUCACUGCAGGCAGAUGAUUUUUCCGGAUGUGCAUAUGGCUCUGCAACAUGUUCACUCGGAUUCUGAUCUUGAUCUGUCGAAUCUGGAGAGCCUCGAUUUUGUUGCUCCUUUGCCUGCACACAUGCAAAGAAGCUGGGACAUCUUGAACUCAUAGGGCCAAUACUGGGCUUGGGCUUGUAAGUAUACUUAUGAAAUAAGAGUUUAGUGUAGAUUCAUUAUUGCAAAAGUUUGCCGCAGAAUUUCGAACUGAAUAUAGUAUAAAAUUAUCAUUUGAAAACAUUGCAUCCAGAUUACGGUUCCCAGUUAAAAAUAACACCCUCUAAGCCACGUGCUUGAAAAUGUCAUUCUGGGAACACCACAACAGGUAUGUACCUUUUAUGUCGAUGGAUUCUAUUCUCAGAGGUUUUGGAUUUACUGGUAAAAAUAUGAGAAUUUAGGUUGCGUAAAUUACCAUCAGCCAGAUAUUUUUGACCCUGCCUUUAAACUGACAAUGCGACC